CUGCGCGGGGGCUGGGGGGCUCGGCCGGCAGCCCCAGGGGGCGGCAGCGCCGGCGGCAUGGAGCAGGCAGCGCCCAAGAGCAAACUGAAAAAGCUAAGUGAAGACAGUUUAACAAAGCAGCCUGAAGAAGUCUUUGAUGUUCUGGAGAAACUUGGUGAAGGGUCUUAUGGUAGUGUGUUUAAAGCAAUACACAAAGAGUCUGGACAAGUUGUAGCAAUUAAACAGGUCCCUGUGGAGUCAGAUCUUCAGGAAAUAAUUAAAGAAAUCUCUAUAAUGCAACAAUGUGACAGUCCCUAUGUUGUCAAGUACUAUGGCAGCUAUUUUAAGAACACAGAUCUAUGGAUUGUUAUGGAAUAUUGUGGAGCUGGCUCUGUUUCGGACAUAAUUAGACUGCGUAAUAAAACGCUAACAGAAGAUGAAAUUGCAACUAUUCUGAAAUCUACUCUUAAAGGACUUGAAUACUUGCACUUUAUGAGAAAAAUACAUAGAGAUAUAAAAGCUGGAAACAUCCUUCUAAACACCGAGGGACAUGCAAAAUUAGCUGAUUUUGGUGUGGCUGGCCAGUUAACAGAUACAAUGGCAAAACGUAAUACUGUUAUAGGAACUCCGUUUUGGAUGGCUCCUGAAGUAAUACAAGAGAUUGGCUAUAACUGUGUGGCAGACAUCUGGUCCCUUGGUAUCACUUCAAUAGAAAUGGCUGAAGGAAAGCCUCCAUAUGCUGAUAUUCACCCAAUGAGGGCUAUUUUUAUGAUUCCUACAAAUCCCCCUCCAACCUUCCGGAAGCCAGAACUCUGGUCCGAUGAAUUCACUGAUUUUGUGAAGAAAUGCUUAGUGAAAAAUCCUGAACAAAGAGCUACAGCAACCCAGCUGCUACAGCAUACAUUUAUUAAGAAUGCUAAGCCAGUUUCAAUUUUAAGGGACCUGAUAACCGAAGCUAUGGAGAUAAAGGCAAAGCGACAUGAGGAACAGCAGAGAGAACUAGAAGAGGAGGAAGAAAAUUCGGAUGAAGAUGAGUUGGACUCUCACACCAUGGUAAAGACCAACUCAGAGAGCGCUGGCACCAUGAGAGCCACAAGUACGAUGAGUGAAGGCGCCCAGACAAUGAUCGAGCACAACAGCACUAUGUUGGAAUCAGACCUGGGGACCAUGGUAAUAAAUAGCGAUGACGACGAAGAGGAAGAUGGGACCAUGAAACGAAAUGCUACUUCACCGCAAGUUCAAAGACCUUCUUUCAUGGACUACUUUGAUAAACAAGAUUCCAAGAAUAAAAGCCCUGAAAACUGUAAUCAGAACAUGCAUGAACCUUACCACAUAUCCAAAAACGUUUUCCCUGAUAACUGGAAGGUCCCUCAAGAUGGAGACUUUGAUUUCUUAAAGAAUCUGAGUUUGGAAGAAUUACAAAUGAGAUUAAAAGCUUUGGACCCUAUGAUGGAGCGAGAAAUUGAGGAGCUUCGUCAGAGGUACACCGCAAAGAGGCAACCCAUCCUCGAUGCGAUGGAUGCAAAGAAACGGAGGCAGCAAAAUUUCUGAGUUUGUUUAACUUUCAGACAUAAUACGAUGAGUCACUGUGGACACUGGUAACUUUGUAACAGUUUGAAGGAAUUGGAUUAUGAGAGUUUUCAAAAACCCAGUCUGUUGAAAUUUCCUUCACAAGCAAUGACAAUUGGAGCAGUGAAAGAAUAUACAUAUGGUACUCUGCAAAGGCAGAGAAACACAUCACCAUUUGUUUGCAUUUUCAAAUGUUUAAUGUAAUACAAGUUUAAUCUGUUGCUUCCCAAUCUUUUUCAGGUGUAUAGUGGUAAUUUGGUGUUGUACAUUGGGAAUUGCGUUUUGGAGCACCUGGAAUGAUUUCUUGAUUGUGCAACACUACCGAGCCUUAUAUUGCAAUGUAUUUUUCUUCCACUUAGUAGCAUAUUUAUUAUGUAAUCUUUGGUUAUCCUAUUUAUUUUAUGCCUGUUCCCUUUUAUGUUGGGAAGUAUUAGGAUAAUAUUGUGGAGAGCAGAGUCAGAUUAGAUAAAAUUGGUAUUACAGUAUAAUGAAAAGUUGCUCACCGCUCUUAUUAUCUUUUAAAAAUUUCCAAUUUCAGCAAGCAUCCCUAUUCAGGACAGCAUUUGAACAUGUAUCCAGCCCUUUUGUACCAGUAGGAUUUAAGCAGAAAGUAAGUAACAGGCACAUGUUCUUCUCCUCUCCUGAAUCAGGGACUGUGGUUGUAGUUGUGCAGUUACAGUUGUUACACUACAGAGGAUUUUUAGAGAGUAUUUCUGUCAUUUCUACGCACACUGAGUCAGCUGUCGUUAAACAAAAAACAAGUGCCUAAUCAGUUCUGAUUUUUGUUAUUCAGAAGAAGCAAUACUUGCAGUCACUCCUUCAGUGUAAACUUCCAAUUGCUGUUGCAAUUCUGACCAGUAGAAACCUCUAUUUUGCACCAUAGUUUUAUAAUGAAGUAACAGCUACACUUUUUUGAUGUUUUUUUGGUUCAUUUGGGUUUCUUUAUCACUGUUUUGAGGGGAGAGGGGAGUCAUUAGUGGUUUGAGUUUGUUUUGUUUUCACAUUAUAGUUACAAAGGGAUAGUAAUUUAAAAGCCAAAGAAAAUAAAAUUAAUACUUAUAUUUAAUAAGUACAGAAAAGAAGCAACAUUUUACAGUCCUCUGAGAGUUUUGUCCUGCAGUCACUAAACAUGCAAUAUUCCUGUAGUCUUCUGUUGGUAGAUUUUGGGGAAUCAGAAAUGCAGGACCAAGCUCUUAAUAACUUUUUACAAGUUAUUCUAUCCGGUUUAUAUUGUGAAAUACCUAGUAGGUAGAAUUUGCAAAAUUGCAAGAAAUAUUUCAUACUUAGCAGAAAACGUGAUCCACUUUCUGAACAAUCUACUGUGUUCUCUAUUGAAAUAUUUACUAUUGUUGCCUUUUAUGUAAAUAACUUCACUGUGAUAGUCAUACUUCUUUAUACAAUACAGCUGAAAAGAUCUUUACAUUCAACCUUUAACUGUUAAAAUUUUAAUGGUGACUACUGUAUGGGCAUCUUCUGUUAAAUGUUUUCUGGAAGUUAGUAAUCAUCUCAUACCUCUUAACAUUUACUGUCAUCAUACAUGGACCAUUUAGAUGGAACAGUGCAGAUUUUGGAAAUGGUGCAUUAUAUCACAAAGCUUAUGCAAAAGGAAACCAAAAGUUUUCACGAGAUCAGCAUUCUACAGCCGUGCUGGGACCAGGACUUGGGUUUGAGCCAUUGUUGUCAUUGUCAUUCUCUACGUGUUUGCAUGUACACCACGCUCUGACAUGUAAACCCUAGAGUCAAAUAAAUCUUGAUUGAUUGUUAGAACAUCCGUACCCUCAACUCUCUUCGUAUUUCCUACAGCAAUGACCAUUCCUUGUGAAGAUGCAAGAACAUAGAAGAUCCAUAAAAAUUACUUUAGGUGAGAUAAAAUGAACCUGGUAGUCUUAUGCCUCACAUUUAUACAGUGAAACUGUGUAAAGUAAAAAAUGGUAUAAUCAUGUCACUGCGUCAUUAGAUUAUAAUCAUAAUGCAGGAAAAAAAUAACAGUACCAACAUCCCCCCAUCAAUAUGGUUCUUAUUUAUUUUAAAGUAAUUUCUGCUUCUUGAACUUUCUGUUCUCAAAAACUCAAAGAUGUGCGUGCAUACAUGCAUACAUAGAUUUGUGUAGCUAUACACACAUAUAUAUGCAUAUCCAUAUAUGUCAGAAAAAAAAAUAUAAAACAGAUUUAAACCAUCAGGAGAGGAACCUAGAUUGCCUUUUCUUGGUGUGCCUUUUAAGUGAAGUGUCGUUGUCCAGACACUCUUACCUGCGUCCUUAGCUGCUAGAUUUUCCCUUUCUCUAUCUCAACCUUUUCACACCAAAAAUACGACUUUGACUUUGAAUGAUGUGGCUUUACAGUGUAAUAGGCAGUGCAGCAAAAAUUAUCACAAAUUUCAUAUUUUGCAUAUUCUGAAAACUGUAGUAAUGUGGCACUCUAAAAAUUAAUUGCUUAUCCUGAGGGACUCCAGUGAAAGGCCAUUUUAGACUAGAGCUGUUGCAGUCUGACAUCUGAAAGAUAUGAGAAGGACAUCCUUUCUUCAAUCCUGAUGUGUCUGCAUAGAAACAACUCAAUUUUUGUGCACAUGCAUGCACACAAGAAUGGAUUAUAUAUGCA